CGUUUGAAUUUGAUAUUCCUAUGGAUAAAACAAUAGAUAUGUUGGAUUAAAUAUGUUAAACAAACAAAAAACAAUUCGAUUAUAUAAUGGAAAUAGGAAAUAAAAUAUCUUACCUUUCAAAGAAUGAAGAAUUAGAAUAAUUAGAAAUACUAAUAAACUAAAACUCUGAUGUAUUGCCUUUACUUAGAGGACAUAUAUAGGAAGCAUUUGAAUCUAUAUUACACUUAAGAUUUGAUGAAGUUAUUGAAUUCUUUUUAGAAAAUGGAUAUCAAAUAAAUUAACAAGAAAAUAACUAUUUAAUUGACUUAUGCAAGACAAGUCGUUUCUUUGCUGUUGAUCCACCAAAAGAAACUCUUAAUUUGUUAAUUAAAUACGGCGUUGAUUUAAAUUAAAUGGAAGACAUAAAAUAUAGAACUGCUUUGCAUUAUGCAUGUAAAUAUGGAAUAAUUGAUUUCGUUAAGAUUUUGGUCUAAAAUGGAGCAGAAAUUGAUCCUGUAGAUUUUAAGAAGAGAACUCCAUAUGAUUAUGCAUAAAAAAAAAAUAAUUAGAAAACUCUAGCUUUAAACAAAUUUGUGAUUUUCUCUAAAAUAAAGGACCUGUUAAUAAAUGGAAUUCUUAUAUUAAAAGUUAAGUAUUUCAGAGAAAAUAAGUUAUUUUCUAUUAACAAGAUUACCUAUAAUUUUUCGAUAUAAUGA